CUUACUAUUGUGUUACCGGCCGAGUUUUCUGUUUAUCUUGUAUGGUAUCUCCUCUAGUUUCAUUCUGUAGACUGCUGUAUUGGAUAGAGGGUCUUGCCAUGCCCAGCUUACCCAAUCUUAACAGCUUUGGCAAACUGUGCGGCUCCGGCCGCAGCGACGACUCUGUGGUGCUGGACCGGGUGAAGCGCAAAAACUCAGUUCGGAGAAUGUCCAUUAUUGAAGAUGGGAACGUGGCUGAGGUCCUCUACCUCAUUCCGAAACAGUCCAUGAUGGAGCAGCUGCCCUUCCUUAACCCCACUGAGUAUAUUAUCCUGGAGAAAAUGGCACCUCCAGACAUGGGACCCGUGGCCCAUCCUCAGGAACCGCACCAUCCUCCAGGAAAACUGGUCAUCCAGUGCUAUAAGUGUGGGGAGCCAUGCAAGGGAGAGGUUCUCCGGGUGCAAUCCAAGCACUUCCAUAUAAAAUGUUUCACAUGCAAAGUGUGCGGUUGUGACCUGGCCCAAGGUGGUUUCUUCAUGAAGAACGGGGAGUACCUGUGCACGCUGGACUACCAGAGGCUACAUGGCACUCGCUGUAAUGGCUGUGGAGAUUUUGUUGAAGGAGAGGUGGUCACUGCUCUUGGGAAGACCUACCAUCCGACAUGUUUCGUCUGCACCGUUUGCAAACGGCCAUUUCCCGCUGGUGAUCGAGUCACGUUUAAUGGAAAAGACUGUCUCUGCCAGCGUUGCAUCCGGCCAACUUCCCCAACUCCCAAAGACAUCAGCGCCUCUAGUAACUGUGCAGGAUGUGGCAGGGAUAUAAAGAACGGUCAGGCUCUUCUGGCCUUGGACGGCCAGUGGCAUCUCGGCUGUUUCAAGUGCAAGGCCUGUGGGAAAGUGCUGAGCGGGGAGUACAUCAGCAAGGAUGGUUCUCCAUACUGUGAAAAAGACUACCAGAUUCAUUUUGGCGUGCAGUGUGAGGCCUGUCAUCGGUUUAUCACAGGGAAAGUUCUGGAGGCAGGAGAUAAGCACUACCAUCCAAGCUGUGCACGAUGCAGCAGAUGCAAUCAAAUGUUCACGGAGGGAGAGGAGAUGUACUUACAGGGUUCUACAGUAUGGCAUCCAGACUGUAAGAACAACAGUGGACUGGAAGAGAAGUACAGACCCACGAGGUCAUCGUCUGAGAGUAUCUGUUCGAGACCUGGCUCGAGCAUCCCUGGAUCUCCAGGUCAUACCAUCUAUGCAAAAGUAGACAAUGAGAUUAUUGAUUACAAGGACCUAGCAGCCAUCCCCAGAGUCAAGGCCAUUUAUGACAUAGAGCGUCCAGACAUGAUAUCCUAUGAGUCUCUCCAUUCCACCUCCUCCACCCUGGAAAGACAAGGAAGGCACAGCCCCGGAGAGCCUGUCAAAGCCUCAAGUGGCAGCCCACCCAGAGGCGGAGCCACAACCCUGCCACAAGACCCCUCCUCAUUGUCCGCAGAAACAUCUCCAAGGACACUGUCUCCCACCCCGUCCGCUGAGGGUUGUUAUGACAUAAGGGAGCGCAUCAUGCAAAGAUCCACCAGUCAGGGCUCCAUCGGCUCUCCGGUUUACCACCGCCAUAGCUAUAUACCCCCUCUGUCCAAGUCUCCCCAGCACUUCCACAGACCAGGAAUGCUGAAGCUCUGCUCCUCUUUGCGCUCCAGCGACACGCGCCCUACCUCCCCUUUCCGACAUCACUUCCUCCCCCAUAACAAAGGCACUGAGCCAUCCAGCGGCCGGAGUUCUCCUCUUUCCUCUCGGCCAGCCACCCCGACCCUCUCUCUGACCCCUAAACACUUCCACAUCCCAGACCAAGGCAUUAACAUGUAUAGAAAACCACCAAUCUACAAACAGCAUGAUUCAGCUGCCCUGGCAGCCCAAAGCAAGUCUGCUGAUGACAUCAUCAAAUCAUCCAAGUUCCCCGCUGCCCACGCCCCUCAGCCGGACGAAACACCAAAGAUCGAGACCGACUACUGGCCGUGUCCUCCGUCCCUUGCUGCUUUAGGCUCAGACGGGAGGAGUCGGUCACGGGAUGAAGAAGAAGAAGAGCAACUGAAACGCAGACAACUUCAGGAAGAACAUCUCAGCAAGAUCCAGUCUGGACUCGGGAAGCUCAUUCUGAAGGAGGAGAUGGAAAAGGAGAUGAACCGAGAGAGAUACAUACGAAGUGUGGCCGCCCAGCGCUUUGACUCCCAAUAUGCUAACUGCACCACAGACUCCCAAACGGUUAAAACUUCAUCUCUGCCUGGAUAUGGACGGAAUGGACUCAAUCGGCCCCAGUCUACAGAACUAUCUCAGUAUAACAGUUAUGGGGAUGUGUGUGGAGGACAAAGAGAUUUCAAGCCCACCCAAGAUGCCCAAGAUUCCAUUACAAGAAUGGACAGGGGAAUGUCUAUGCCUAAUAUGUUGGAAUAUAAAGUGUACCCAUAUGAAAUGCUCACUGUCACCAACAGAGGGCGUGCUAAGCUCCCGAAGGAUGUGGACAGGACGAGACUGGAGCGCCACUUGGCUCCCGUGACAUUCUUUGAUAUUUUUGGGAUGAAGAUCCAUGAGUUUGACAGACUUCCUCUUUGGAAGCGCAACGACAUGAAGAAGAAAGCCAAGCUCUUCUAAACUAGCUGAUUGUGCAUGUUUUAAUUUAUCAGUCACUCAGAUGUAUUAGAGCGAUAGUCCUAACUUUUUUCAUCUUCUUUUGUUUUGUUUUUUUUGUUUUUUGCAUCCAAUUACAUGCACAAAAAAAGUUUUAUUUUGCUUCAGAAAGACCACUUUUUAUUUUCCUAAAUCUAUAUAUCUUUAUCUUUAAAUGAGUGAGUGUUUGAAUAGGAAUCAAAUGAGGUGCACGUGACCCCUAGAUGCGAACACCCGAGCAAGAGGAGCUGAUGGUGUUCCUGCUCUCAAUAAACCUGCCUCUAGGACCAGAGGGUUUUAUCCUCCUCCCUCCUGGCCCACUUGUAAAACAGGACUGUAAUUUUUUUAGAUGGGGAACCGGGGGCUGUCAGCAGGGUUCUCCCUCUAAACAGGCCGUUAAGGUGGUGGAGUUGUAGGGAUCCCUGGAGCCCCCUGCUGCUGCGGACCUAACGAGGCCUUUGAAGUACGUUAAAAGCGGGAAGUGAGAGCUACUGAAGAUCCUUUACCUGCAGAGCCGAGCUUCUGGAAUACAUUAGAAAACUGAAAUCGGCGUCCUGUCCCACCAGCACUCUGCCGCCUCGUCACAAUCUACAAUCCUAAAAAAAAUAUAUAUAUCCUACAUGUAAUGUAGCAAGCAUGUUCACCAAAACCAAAGCCCAAAACAGCACCUGAGAUAUGGAUGAUUCUUUAUCCACAACCCACUAGUCUGAUAAUCAGAAGAGGCGGUGGUGAUUAUUAUUAAUAUUAAUAUUAAUAUUUCUAAAAUUAAGCUUAAAUUACUUUAAAAUAUAUAUUAUUAGAUUUCGCUACUAGAGGUCAGCCGUGGGACAAUAUCAGACGUCGGCCCGCUCUAAAACAGCUUCCUCUGAAUCAGACAAUCCGUGUAUUGCGACUUCCGGUUUUAUUUAGCGUUUUAUUUAGAAUAAAGCACGCAAAGCCUUUGAAAUGACUGCCUCAGAGGUGUUUCAAAACUGCCACUGUGUUGACGUGGGAUCGUCGGAGCUGUAGCCAUAGCAUUUGUGCCAGGUGUAGACUCGAUAUCAGGGCCGUAUCUCUGUCGUACAUUUAUAUUGCUGCUGAAUAAUGCAGUUCCCAUAGACACCGUCUCAUCUUGCAGAUGUACAGUAUCAUGGGCUGAUGUUGGCUAUUAUUCUCAGCGGUUCUCUGUGUUACUAGCAGGGUUAAUGACGGAGGACUAGGACAUAUUACAGUAUUGUGCUUUUAUAGGAUCACAAAACAUACGACUAUAACAAGCGUGAUUACUAGAAACAGACGUGUAUGUGACUUUAAAAAAGAAUGAAGAGUUGGUUUUGAUACCCCUACUGUGUACCUCACCUUUUUCUGUCUUUUAUGAGGGAAAGAUUUGAUGAAUAUGGCAUAUAAGCUCUGCCGAGGAAUAAAACUCUGCUUCAGAUCA